AGGAAGAAGAGGAACACGAGGGACAGGCUGACAGGGCCUGGGUAGACACGCUGUAGAGGAGUGGCAGUCAUACCACCACCGCUGCUCUAAGUGCUGGUCACUAACACCUUUUUCUCGUGAUUCGGGGGAUACUUGGUGUGACACACUAAUAACACACCGUAUUGCUGCUGUUACUGUCACCUGGUUAUUCACCGCUAAGGACAAAGAGUGAGUGAGUGAAACAAGUACUCGUAAGAUGAAAAGUGUUAGAUAUCAUGUCAUAUGGUACGAAAUAAGGAAAAAAUGUGCUAGAUGUUUGAGGUCUCGACACAACCCUAAGUGAGGAGCAUACGGAAAAGGGCACAGCGACAUGUGAGAACAGAGAGCGCCAUCAUGAAGGAGACGAAGAAGGGUAUCGCGGAGUGGGAGAAGGAACGCAUCUUGGAGGAGCCGUGCACACAAUACCAGACAAAGCAAAGCAGUAACGAAACCAAACAUCGAGAAGAAGAACAAACGAUGACCAAGUCUCAAAUAUCGUCACCUGAAGCGGAAUGUGGUCAUACUGGCACACCUGCUAUACUUCAUCAGGUACUGGGGACAGGCGUAGCUGCCAUGGCACAGAUGGAUAUUGGUGCUAUUUUUGCUUACCCCGGAGUGACGCUACCACAGCUACUGGAUGGAACGUCAGAUGAUCUCGUUUUCACCACAGCCCAGGCUGCUCUGUUCGGAAGCGUCAUCUACCUGGGAGCCAUGGUGGGAUCCUUCCUGGCGGGGCUGCCUAUGGUGCGUCUUGGGCAACGAGUGACGCUCUUGAUGGCCCUGCCUCUUUCCUUCGCCUCCUGGAUGGCCCUAACCUUAGCUCCCUCCGCUUGGCUGGUUUUGACUGCCCGUAUGGUUCAGGGUUUUGCUCUCAGCUUGAUGGCCAGUUCGUCGAACACCUAUGUGGCGGAAAUCGCUCAUAGCUCAAUACGAGGCCGGUUGGUGGCUGGUAUGGAGCUUUCCCGUCAGGUAGGCAGUCUGCUUAUCUUCUGUCUAGGAGUGUCUUCUCUUACAUGGCGACAGGUUGCAUUAACGACCGCCCUGGUAAACACUGUCUUGCCUUUCGUUGGGCUGCUGCUGCUACCGAAUUCGCCGCGCUGGCUGGCUACUCGGAAUAGACACGAGGAUGCUCGCCGCGCAUUGACCUUUUUUCGCGGACACAACUACGAUACAGACAAGGAGUUGGAGGCUAUUAGCAGUCAGUUACAGAAGUCAUCAGGUAAACAGACGAACGUGCUCCAGCAAGUGAAGCAGCUACGACAACCUGCCAUCCUCCGCUACGUGGUGGUCAUGUCCUUCGUGCUCUUCUUCAUCCAUUUCAACGGUACAAGUGUUCUGCCAGCCUAUGUCGUGAUCAUCAUGAACACAGCUCAGGUCCAAAUGAGCUCCUACGUGGCUGCCAUUGCAGUGUGCUUGACCAAGAUCGCUGGAACAUUCUGCUUUGGAUUUGUCAUAGAUCGCAUCAAUCGCAAGCCUUUGUUCAUGGCCAUUUCUCUGGUCAAUGCGGUGUCCAUGGCUGUCUUGGGAGGCUAUUUCUUCGAUCAAGCUCACGGAGGCCACUUCCAACACCUGGAAUGGCUUCCUCUUCUGUGUCUGACAACAUACGCCUUCUUCUCCGUCUCGCCAAUCAUCAGUUUGCUGCGGACUGAACUGUUCCCCACCGCCGUGCGCUCCACAGUAGUGCCCAUCCUCUACACCACAUUCUUCAUCGGUGCCUUCCUUGCCCUGCAGACCUAUCCGUACAUAGCAGUAGGGCUGGGGCCAUACGGAGCGUUCUGGGUGUUCGCUGGGUGCAGUCUUAUUCUGAUCGUGAUUGUGCUCCUCACCAUUCCAGAGACUCGCGGCAAAACUCUGGAGCAGAUCACCGAAAUGCAACAAAAUGCAACUCGUUCUAGUCAGUAGUCCCAAGUUAGGUUAGUCGCGCCCAUCACAGACUUUAUGAAAAUGAUCUCCCUAUCUAUGACUCAAACAUUUUCAAGAAAGAGAUUUGAAAAAAGCUCAAAUUUUGGCUAAUCCUUCUCUGGCAAUACUCUGUUAAUAUUUAUACCUUCAGGACUUUAAUAUAACUUUUUUUUCCUAUACGCCAGAUUUCUCAUUAUAUUAUUUUUACUCUUUCUGAAAAUAAUAUUGUAAGUGCGUUCUUUUUUUUUUUUUUAGUAAAAAACAACCAUUUUCAACGUGUAAUAUCCUGCUCCAAUUAUCCAUUAAA